AUGUUAACCUGGUCUGAACUUUGGCUGUUAAUACAGCACAUAAUGCCCGUGUACGUUAUCGUGCUCGGGUCAUAUGUGCUAAACAAGUGGGAUAUAAUCUUACCAGAGCAUGGACCAGGACUGAAAAGCUGGGUGUCGACGUUAGGAGUGCCUCUGUACACUUUUCAUCUACUGGCAUUCAGUGAUCCUUACCAAAUUAGUUUCCAGAUAAUUGGGGCUGAUGUGAUCCAGAAGGUCCUUGCCCUACUUCUGAGUGGUUUGUGGUGGAAGUUUUCAAAAUCUGCAAAUAUAGAUGGUUUUAUAGCUUUCUUCAUGCUGGCCACCCUCCCGAACACUGUUCUAGUAGGUGAGGCUUUCCUAAAGCCAUUAUAUGGAGAGGAAAUUCAAGGGUCAUUGGUCACUAUCAUCUUUCUUCAGAGCUUAAUAUGGUACAAUAUAUGCACAGUAUUUUAUGAGCUCAGGGUAGUGCUUCAAGAUCUCAAGGAAGAUUCCGGGCAACCCCAAGAUGUUCCAAAGCCUGAGUUAGUUCUAUCGAGCAGGAGGAAUCCAACUUCAAUUCCGACAAACGGAGAGGUUCUGGACACAAAUCAUCUACCGAUGGACGAGGAUUGUGAAGAUCUUGAAUCGGAUAUCUUGGAAAGGUUCCGGUCAUCAGGUCAAGGAGUUGAUGAUCACCUUUCAAGAAAUUCACAAAAUCAAGAUCCAUCUACUCACGAGAUACAGCAAACUCUCUCUUCACCAGGAAAGUGCUAUUUAUUGGAUAGAGGUGUUGACCUCCAUGCUGAUGCGGUUGAGAGAGAUGAUGUAGGUUCACAGAAUGCUAAGAUUCGCUUUAUCAUACACAAAAUGCUAAAUCGAUUGAAGAGGGUUCCACUGACAUAUGCAAGUAUUCUUGGCUUCACGUACUCGAUGUUGGCUUUUAAAUAUCACUGGGAAAUGCCCUAUCCGGUGAGGACUUCAGUGGAGCUUAUAAGUCAAGGCUGUGUUGGGAUGGCCCUUUUCCUACUGGGAAUGCAAUGGGCCAGAUCUGGACAAGAUUUACUACCUGGUGGAUGGAGGGCACUUCUAUAUGGCAUGCUAGUAAGGUUUGCUGUAUCUCCUGCGCUUAUGCUCAUUGCAUCACUCAGUGUUGGGUUAAGUGCAAAUCGACCUGAUUUGCGGUUUGCAGUUCUUCAGGCCGUGCUACCGCAAGGAGUUGUAUCUUUUAUGCUUGCUAAGGAGUACGGCGUCGGCGUCAACCUUUUCAGCACAGCGGUCGUAAUCCAGCUCCUCAUAUUCGUCCCGAUCGCAAUCUCCUACUACUACGUCCUGGAGCAAAUUUGAACAGACUGCAGGACUAAACAUGACCAGAUUUGAUUCACAAUGAUCUCACCGAUUCACAGUGAAAGAACCUUGUAGUCUUGAGACAAGUGCUUACGGUGCUCUUAAGAAACGCAGCGUUAGUCUUUCACCCAGAGGUUGCUCACGUAUCUCUCCUGGACAUUGCACGCUUCGCCAAUUGUUAUGAUACAGAUAGAUGCAAAUGUGUACUGAAAGUGACACGAAAAUAACGAGAGAAGGUAAGAAUCGCUGGAAUUAAUACAGUUCCCACUAAAGUUUAGAAGGUUUCAGUCACGUACCCAUCAUAAACAUUAUGUGUUAUAGUUUUUGUGAUCUAGCUGAGGUCCACACAGCAAUUCAAAACCAGAUUACAUACAGAACUUUUGCCUUCCCUGUUCCAUUUCUGAUACCAUGAGCGUGUUGGAGAUGCGCAGCAAAUAAAGUAUUUACUCUGAGGCGUAAUGACAUGUGUGGUUGUAAUAACAACCACACAUGUCCAAUGUUGACAGGUUGAAUCUACCAUAUUAGGCGCUAAGCGAGCAGGUUCUCUGUGAGUCGAGUA